AUUGCCUUGUUUUGAUGCCAUCGUCGUUGCGGCUCAAAAGUUGGCGUUAGAUGCGAACGAAUCAGCAAGUUUUUAUGCAUUCGCUGCAGCCGAUCAUAUACUACAAAGCGUAAUCUCUCCAGUCACCAACGAUUUGAGUGUGGCGUUGUUCCCCAAUUUAUUUGCAUGGUAUGUGAAAGGGGGUUUAAACGCAAACACCAUCUCACUUAUCAUGUCAAUAUAUGCCGCAAAGCUCAACAAGGUAAGUUUUUAUGCAUUCGCUGCGGCCGAUCAUAUACUUCAAAGCAUAGUCUCUCCAGUCACCAACGAUUUGAGUGUGGAGUUGUUCCCCAAUUUAUUUGCAUGGUAUGUGAAAGGGGGUUUAAACGCAAACACCAUCUCACUUAUCAUGUCAAUAUAUGCCGCAAAGCUGAACAAGGCAAGUUUUUAUGCAUUCGCUGCGGCCGAUCAUAUACUUCAAAGCAUAGUCUCUCCAGUCACCAACGAUUUGAGUGUGGAGUUGUUCGCCAAUUUAUUUGCAUGGUAUGUGAAAGGAGGUUUAAACGCAAAGCGCAUCUCUCUCAUCAUGUCAAGAGGUGCUACAAAGCUCAACAAGGAAAGAAUCCAGAUGGUAUAUAAUUACUCAUGGAAGGCAUAAUUAUUGAUUUAUGUGCUUUCAUGUGUAUUGGCUUGUUAAUUCACCUCAAAUUAAAUUGUUUGAAUGAGCAACAAAUUAGAAAUGUCAGUCUAAGCAAAUGCUUGAAUACUGUAAUAGAAUAGCAGAUGCUAUUUAUUUCAAAUUAGGAAGUGGUUUAUGGUGAUCUCUCUCCUUCUUUCAUUAUCUUAUUAUUCCUGUUUACUGUCCAUACUGGGAUCUGAUACUCCUGGUGACGUUUCUCCUUUAUGUAUUUAUUCUGUGUAUUAACAAACUUAUAGUAUUCCUAGACUAGCUUCUUACGGACAGUUUACAUACAGGCAAAGACUGAGAAGAUCAAAUACAUAUACAGGAUUGGCAACUAAAGUAAUAAGGCUAAUGGCAUAGUGUACAUCUGAUGUCAUGGUCAUGCUUUUGUCUGCGGCAGUGACACCAUAAUGGCUUCCUUGAAAUAAGCUUCCAACUUGUUCAUGAGCUUCAAAUAAGUGUUCACAACUUUUUCAAGAAUUUGCUCUUUACAAUGCAUUCAGAAUAUGAGGGUUAGUCAUUUCAAACAAUUGUUGCCUUCAGGGUUUCAUAGUGUGAUAUACCAAGAGAAAUUUUUGUUUGCUUUCCUAACAUCUUAAAUUGUACUCACUUAACAGAAUUCCAGCUACAUAGCUGUGAAAUUAUUUACUGUAGGAAAUGUUGAGAAUGCUAGUAAUGAUAUGUAAAUCUAAAACUUUACUUUCUAGUUGUGAUGUAAAUACAAUGUUUUUGUUCGUUUCUAAAAACAAUCAUUGUACUCGGGUAAUGAAUCUAUUAUUUGUAUAGAUAUACUGACACACAUAAUGUUGUACAAGCUGCCAUUAAAGAUAACAGAUGUGUUUUACACUCUUACUGUUGCAUAAAGAAAGUAACAUUUUGUGUGAACUUUACAAAAUCAGCAUUCUAAAGUCAUUCUGCACGAAUCAUUGUCUUGUGUAUGUGUUUCUUUGGCAAUAAUAAACUCUUUGGAAUUUUCAA